CUGCUGUUCUUGCACAAGCCAAGCACUUAAAGGGGUUUUAUCUUUAUUUUUUAGACCGUACAUUCCCAGGGUGUCCCCCUUGAAAGAAAGGAAAGAAAAGCCCAGACCAAGAAAUGUGUAGAGUCUGGAAACAGAACGUUCAGCCAGACCAAAGAGAAAGACGGGGAUACCUCAGGGGACGGGGGUCACGGUGCCCCACCCAUCCACAGCCACACCUGUGUACGGACGAGGACUGGGAUGUCAAAUGCCCCUCAGGCUGUAGACUGCAGGGUCAUAUUGAUGCAACCGAACAAAGCCUGCUUGAACGUUUUGGCCAAAUGUGUGACAGAGCAAAAGAAGACAGACAUAAAGCAGAGAAGACAAUGCUGUGGACCCAACAAAUUCACAGAGCCAACAGGAAAAUUAUAGUGAAAAAUUAUGUUGCUGAGGCUAAAUAUCUGGAGCUUAUGGACAAACUGCAAAAGAACCUUACAUCUGUGAAGAGACGUGCAACUGAACUCUCAGCGAAACUGAAGGGUCAAUAUGACAAAAUACAGCAACAGAUAGCAGCCAUUUACCGAACAGAGGUGGACGUUGACAUCAAAAUCCGAGCAUGUCAAGGGUCAUGUAAAAAUGCUGAGGUCUAUAACAUUGACAGAGAGAGCUACAGAACGCUGGAAAAAGAACUGCAUGAAUUCCGUCAGGUCUCUGAGCAGGUGGAGCAACCUGGCACUGGGGAACUGAAAAAGACACCGCUGAGCGACGAUCCCCCAAUAUUGCGUUCGUUGAAAAAGCUUCCUUUCUCUGAACAAGAACUUCUGACGCAUUUUGAAGAUAUCGAACAAUAUGAACUUGAAGUGGAAAACAUGACAAGUGAUUUUGACGAUAGAUAAAAAGGGAAUUUAAAUAUUUAGAUCGACAGCCAAUGUAAAAACUGCCUGGUCACCUUGUCUCCCGAAUUCUGACAUUCAGUCAGUUGCUACUCUCUACCUACCUUCAUUUGAGAAUUCAGAACUUUGCGGUACCGUUGUUAGUUAAGCCAUUGUUUUAGUUUUCUGUUGUGCUGGAGGCUGAUUUUCUAGGUUAAUAUGACCAUCACACUCCUGAUCAUUUAACAUUCACGUCAUUUCUCCAUUUAUGAACACUGCAUUAAGGAGAUGAGAGACUAUUUAUUUUACAUGGCUGAAAAGUUUAUGAUAUUUAUGACCAGAGGUUAUAAGAAUGUUUGCAUAUAGUAUGUGAAAGGCUUCAAACUUUCCUUAUGUGAUUUGCUGAUAACCAAGGGAUGUAAAUAAAUUAAAUAAAACUCAAUAAUCCACCAUAAGCAAAUUUU